AUGUCUCGUUGGAAGCAGCCAGCUGCAUUUACCCACGAUGACGUUCUGCCAAACACAGCCAGCCCACCAGCCGGUAUCCCCCCGCCAACCAGCCAGCCAACCAGCCUGUAUCCCCCCAGCCAGCCCCCCAGCCGGUAUCCCCCCAGCCAGCCCCCCAGCCGGUAUCCCCCAGCCAGCCCCCCAGCCGGUAUCCCCCCAGCCAGCCCCCCGCCAGUAUUCCCCCCAGCCAGCCCCCCAGCCAGUAUCCCCCCAGCCAGCCCCCCCAGCCGGUAUCCCCACAGCCAGCCCCCCAGCCGGUAUCCCCCCAGCCAGCCCCCUAGCCAGUAUCCCCACAGCCAGCCAACCAGCCUGUAUCCCCCCAGCCGGUAUCCCCCCCAGCCCCGGUAUCCCCCCAGCCAGCCCCCCAGCCAGUAUUCCCCCCAGCCAGCCCACCAGCCAGUAUCCCCCCAGCCAGCCCCCCAGCCGGUAUCCCCACAGCCAGCCAACCAGCCUGUAUCCCCCAGCCGGUAUCCUCCCAGCCAGCCCCCUAGCCGGUAUCCUCCCAGCCAGCCCCCUAGCCGGUAUCCCCCAGCCAGCCCCCCAGCCAGUAUCCCCCAGCCAGCCCCUAGCCGGGUAUUCCCACAGCCAGCCCCUAGCGUUCCCCAGCUAGCCGGUAUCCCCCCAGCCAGCCCCCCAGCCGGCAGUAUCCCCCCAGCCAGCCACCCAGCCAGUAUUCCCACCAGCCGGUAUCCCCCCAGCCAGCCCCCCAGCCGGUAUCCCCCAGCCAGCCCCCCAGCCGGUAUCCCCCCCAGCCAGCCCCCUAGCCGGUAUCCCCCCAGCCAGCCACCCAGCCGGUAUCCCCCCAGCCAGCCCCCCAGCUGGUAUCCCCCCAGCCAGCCACCCAGCCGGUAUCCCCCCAGCCAGCCCCCAGCCGGUAUCCCACCCAGCCAGUAUUCCCCCCAGCCAGCCCACCAACCAGUAUCCCCCCCAGCCAGCCCCCUAGCCGGUAUCCCCCCAGCCAGCCCCCCAGCCGGUAUCCCCCCAGCCAGCCCCCCAGCCGGUAUCCCCCAGCCAGCCCCCCUAGCCGGUAUCCCCCAGCCAGCCCCCCAGCCGGUAUCCCCGAGCCAGCCCCCCAGCCGGUAUCCCCCAGCCAGCCCCCCAGCCAGUAUUCCCCCAGCCAGCCCCCCCAGCCAGUAUCCCCCCCAGCCAGCCCCCCCAGCCGGUAUCCCCACAGCCAGCCCCCCAGCCGCCAGCCCCCAGCCAGUAUUCCCCCCAGCCAGCCCACCAGCCAGUAUCCCCCCAGCCAGCCCCCCCAGCCGGUAUCCCCACAGCCAGCCAACCAGCCUGUAUCCCCCAGCCGGUAUCCUCCCAGCCAGCCCCCCUAGCCGGUAUCCUCCCAGCCAGCCCCCUAGCCGGUAUCCCCCCAGCCAGCCCCCCAGCCAGUAUCCCCCAGCCAGCCCCCUAGCCGGUAUUCCCACAGCCAGCCCCCUAGCCGGUAUCCCCCCAGCCAGCCCCCUAGCCGCCAGCCCCCCAGCCGGUAUCCCCCCACCCAGCCCCCUAGCCGGUAUCCCCCCAGCCAGCCACCCAGCCGGUAUCCCCCAGCCAGCCCCCCAGCUGGUAUCCCCCCCAGCCAGCCACCCAGCCGGUAUCCCCCAGCCAGCCCCCCAGCCGACCCAGCCAGUAUUCCCCCAGCCAGCCCACCAACCAGUAUCCCCCAGCCAGCCCCUAGCCGGUAUCCCCCAGCCAGCCCCCCAGCCGGUAUCCCCCCAGCCAGCCCCCCAGCCGGUAUCCCCCCAGCCAGCCCCUAGCCGGUAUCCCCCAGCCAGCCCCCUAGCCGGUAUCCCCCAGCCAGCCCCCCAGCCGGUAUCCACCCCAGCCAGCCACCCAGCCAGUAUUCCCACCAGCCAGUAUCCCCACAGCCAGCCCCCCCAGCCUGUAUCCCCCCAGCCAGCCCCACCAGCCGGUUUCCCCCAGCCAGCCUCCCAGCCUGUUUCCCCCAGCCAGCCCCCCAGCCUGUAUCCCCACAGCCAGCCCACCAGCCUUUAUCUCCACAGCCAGCCAGACUUGGACAGAGCAUCACAAGAGUCUCAGUAA